CCCCCUGGCAGCUCCGCGCUCUCUGCAGCUGCAGAGCCAAGGGAGGCGCGGAACAUGGCGCUGCGCCGGCCGGGGACCUUGCAGGGUUCCGGGGACGAGGCCGGUUCUUCUCUCCCCUUGCCGGGAAGGCUGCUUCUUCUGCCCCUUUUGCUCCUUCUGCUGAGCCCCGGCCGUGCCGGCUCUUCUUCCUUCGACCGCCGGGGCCCCGUGGUGCUGGGCAUGAGGCUGGAGCGCACCGACCGGCCGCUGUCCGAACCGGAGGAGCCGGAGGCAGAAGCGACGUCGGGCGUGUUGCAGGUGCAGGAAGGUGCAGAGAUCGUGUUGCGCCUUUACGGGCUGGAUUUGAGCCCCCGCGUUUACCAGGCGGUCUAUUUCGCCGAAGCCGGCCCCAACGCUACUUGGUCCCCCCGGGCUACCAACGCCACAUGCCCGGAGAAAAGCCAAGACUUGGUCGUGCAUGCUCACGCCGGCCCCAGCCGCCCCACUUCGGCCCUGAUCGGCGUCAAAAUCCAACGGCUGCGCAAAGCCGAGCGAUCCAAGCUCUACGUCCUCUGCGCGCGGAGCGAUCCUAACCGGCCUUGGCUGCGCCUGGAAGGCGAGGAUGCUUUCCUGCGCGUGCUGGAGGGGAAGCAGCACUUGCUCCCUUUGUGGCUCCAGAUCUUGCUCCUGGUGGCCCUGCUGGUGCUCUCCGGUAUGUUCAGCGGGCUCAACUUGGGGCUGAUGGCGUUGGAUCCCAUGGAGCUGCGCAUCGUCCAGAACUGCGGCAGCGAGACGGAGAAGCGUUACGCCCGCAAGAUCGAGCCCAUCCGUCGCAAGGGCAACUAUUUGCUGUGCUCCCUCCUAUUGGGUAACGUCUUGGUCAACACCACCCUUACCAUCCUCCUGGAUGACCUGAUAGGAUCCGGCUUGGUGGCCGUCAUUGCGUCCACCUCCAGCAUCGUGAUCUUCGGGGAGAUCGUGCCCCAGGCGCUCUGCUCUCGCCACGGUUUAGCUGUGGGGGCCAACACCAUCAUCCUCACCAAGAUUUUCAUGCUCUUGACCUUCCCCAUUUCCUACCCGAUUAGCAAGAUCCUAGACUUCCUGUUGGGUCAAGAAAUCGGCACCGUCUACAACCGGGAGAAGCUGAUGGAGAUGUUGAAGAUUACGGAACCUUACAACGAUCUGGUCAAGGAGGAGCUGAACAUGAUCCAGGGAGCCCUGGAGCUUCGGACCAAGACGGUGGAGGACGUCAUGACCCCAAUUCACGACUGCUUCAUGAUCAACAGUGACGCCAUCUUGGAUUUCAACACCAUGUCUGAAAUCAUGGAAAGUGGUUACACCCGUAUCCCAGUCUUUGAAGAAGAACGGUCCAACAUUGUGGAUAUCCUGUACAUCAAGGACUUGGCUUUUGUGGAUCCUGAUGACUGCACCACCCUCAAGACGAUCACCAAGUUCUACAACCACCCUGUCCAUUUUGUCUUCCAUGACACCAAGCUGGACGCCAUGCUGGAGGAAUUCAAAAAGGGUAAAUCACACCUGGCUAUUGUCCAGAAGGUCAACAAUGAAGGUGAAGGGGACCCCUUCUAUGAAGUGUUGGGAUUGGUGACGCUGGAAGACGUCAUUGAGGAGAUAAUCAAAUCAGAGAUCCUGGACGAAUCGGAUAUGUACACCGACAACCGCACCAGGAAGCGUGUGAGCCACAAAAAGGACAAGAAAGAUUUCUCCGCCUUCAAAGACAACGACACGGAGUCGAAAGUGAAGAUUUCCCCGCAGCUGCUUCUGGCUGCUCAUCGCUUUCUCUCCACCGAGGUGACGCAGUUCACGCCUGCUUUCAUUUCGGAAAAGAUCCUCUUGCGCCUUCUCAAGCAUCGGGAUGUCAUCAACGAGCUGAAGUUCGACGAAGAGAACAAGAAGUGUCCCCAGCAUUUCCUCUUCAACCGGAACAAGCCCGCCGAUUUCUUCAUCCUCAUCCUUCAGGGUAAAGUGGAGGUAGAAGCCGGGAAGGAGAACAUGAAGUUUGAAACUGGACCGUUCUCCUAUUACGGAGUGAUGGCUUUGAGUCCCGUUGUCACAACACCGCCAGACAGGUCCCAGCCGCAGUCUAUUAUACAGAGAGGAUCCUUGCAUUCCAAGCUGUCAGUUUCAGAAAUACGUUCUCCAUCUCAUAUGAGUAACCUGAAUCGCUCGGCGUCUCUAUGCUACCACGAGCGCACCGAGUCCAUCUCUUCCAAUGUCAGCGGUAGCAACAACCAGCUUAAUGUCAUCGUGAGUACCCAGAACCUGUCGGACUUCAGCGUUCGUGCUCUUACGGAUCUGCAGUACGUCAAGAUCACGCGCCUCCAGUACCAAAACGGUCUCAUGGCCUCCCGUCUGGAGAGCUGCCCCCCGUCCCCCGACGGGAGCCCCCCCAAACAGGACCCCUCCUCGCCCGAAAAGGGGAGCACCCUCUCAACCAACGAGAUGAUUGGCCUCUUGAACGAAAGGAACUGCCAGCAUCAAAAGACGAACCACAAUCCUUCCGACAACGUGGUUUGACCCCGGCAUCGGGGCAGUUUGGCCCCCCCCCCGGUCCAGCUGGUGUCCUUUUUUUUCCUUUCCAAAGACACGAAGAGUGCCCGCAGAAGAUUCUGAUUGUGCGUCUUAUCAACCUCAGGUAGCAGCUCCCCACCUGCGCUCUCUGGUACUGUUUCCGACUCACCUGCCCUGAGUUUUAUUAUUAUUAUUAUUAUUAUUUUCCAGCCAGGUGGUUUGGAUCAGAGAGGGGAAGCCAGCCUGCCAGCCAUCCUUGGAAAGCAAUAGUCCAGCCACCUAUUCUAAGGUGACAGGCCCCGCCCUAGCUCACCUGUCUGCAUCGAAGCGAGCUGCAUUAGCAGGAUGGGCAGAUUCUCCCUUUCCCUGUGCUGGUUUUUAACUCAACGGAGAGGAAGGCGCAGCCAGGGGAGGGGGUUUAACUCGAAGGAGCUGCCUUUUUUUCCCCCAGAGUGCCCAGUUCUCGUUUCUGCCUUCCCCACACCAGGGAAGGACGUCCUUCCAAAGCAGCAUGGGGUUACAAAAGGUGGCACAGUAGAAGACGCAGACUUAUGGAGAUGCCAGCCACCUUCUCUUGAUAAGACAGACUUCGCUUUUCCCAUCUCAGGGAGUUCCGAGACUUCGUUAUUUGGGGUUAUCUAUUUCCCCACCCUCUUUAAUCAAGCCAUCGGGGUAUUUGAGAGCAAGGGAUACGUGCCUGACGAGGAGGAACCAGCCGGAGUUUCCACGUUGACGGAAUCUGUCCCUUCUCCUCUGUUUCGGGGAGAAAGUUGGUUUUCCUGAAUCGAUGCGCAUUCUCCCUUCCGUUCCAGCUUUUCGGCCUCUGCUUCAAGGGACCCGAACUAAAUCACCCAUAGGAUAAAUAACAGCAGGAAGUCCAUUGAAAGUUGCAUCUGGUUGCAUUGCAGAUCAAUGCCUCUCUCAGUUGUUGUUUCUUUUUAAACCUUCUGCAAAUAGAAAACGUAACGUAGCGAGAUAAAUAUCAGGCAGAGGUACAGCUUUUUCCUCCGACGUACGUUCUUUCUACUUGCAGGGAGAUGUCUUAAUUUGGGUUAACUGUUCUCAUUUUGUUUUUUUAAAAAAAAAACUUGGGGAAGAUUUAAAUGAAUUACCCUCCGUUUUCUGUCUCCAGAGGUACUGUUCGUUUUUGCCAACUCGAAACGGGGGGGGGCUAUAGUUGUAUAUAGAUUUCCAGUUUCAAGGUACCCCGUGCGUUUGCGUGAGUUUCUGGCGCAGUCGAAGUCGUGGGAUCAGUUUGCGGCGUUUGGAGGGUUUGCAAAUUGAAGGCAAGAUUAAAAAUUGGAACAUGGGAGUAACUGCAGCUGGGGAAUAAAAAGGACUGCCGUUCCGGAUCUAAAUGCUUGGAUCAUCUUUUUGGAGUGGAUUCGAACACGUGGCUAUAAUUGUAGUAAUCAAUUCCAUUUUGUUAUAUAUAUUUUUUCCAACCUGACUUGGAGCCAACGUCCUCUGGGUUUAGCUGUGGACCACGUAUAAACCAUGUUUUAUUGGGAUAUGUAGGACAACUGAGUGAAAUUAUCUGAUUAUUACAUUAUCCCAAGAUAAUGUUAUCCUCUCUGUUUUUCUGCAGCUUUUUUUUAACAAUGAUUGUUUUCCACCGGUUGGAAUCCGAAUAAGAUCUCAGGGGGUUCAUUUUCAGUGGCCAAAUAUCAUGGGAUUAUACCUUGAUAUAAAACCGUUGCAAUUUAGACCGGCGUGCGAUUUUGGGGAACAACUUUGGAGGCCACUUCGAAAACAGCUUUUUGUAAACAAAGGACGCCGAGCGCGAUCAGUGGAUCAAAGCCAAUAGGCAAAAAAAUGCCAGUUUCAUUUAAGGAUGUAUUCAUUGGAACAGGUGUUGCCUCCGAAACCUCAGCGCAGCUGCAGUGCGGGUAUGAACGCUCAGUCCUUCAGCAGAUGUUGCAAACUUGAAAACCAGAUGUUGGAUUGGCAGAGUCAGCUCUUCAAGGCCGGGAGAGCACAUACGAAUGUAAGCGCGUUCAAUCCCUCCACUCGUAAUCAGUUACCAUUCAGAAAUGUCUUUUUCAAAUUUGCAAAGCCGUCUCGGAAAACGGGAAUCGUUUGCGCAUCCCCGGUUGAACAUUUCCAUCCCUGUGUCUCUGGCAUCUUCAGUUCUCCUGCUUUCUUUCUUUUUCUUUUCUUUUUUUACAAAAGACAUCUCACGUUUCAAUUUUGCUUCCUCUGACCUUCUGGAGUUUUAAAUUCCUCCCCACACAUCCCUUUAUGGUCAAGGCCUAGGGCACAAUGACAGCGUCUCUCCCAUUUUGAGAAUCUCCCCAGAUCUGUAAGGCUUCACUUCUUUUUCAUCCCUAGAUAAAUGGUUGAUGACAACUGGGGCAUUAUGCGAAUUGUAACAAAACACAUCUGGAGGGAAUUCGAUUCAAGAUGGCUGCCUACCAUACACUCCUCUUCUUUUCUGAGUUGGAUUAGGUACCCACUGAUUUUAUGGAUAUUUCUGUGUUGUUGUUUUUUUGGCGACAAUAUAGAAGUGACUUCCCCAUUGCUUUUUUCAGGAUUUUUUUUUUUUUAAAUUUGUCGGUCUAACUUGCAGCCUAUCCCAGCAUCACCAGAUUUGACCCUUUUUUUAUAACUUGUUGAAAUCAAGUAAGGUUGGCCAUGGAAAUCAUAAAUGUAUGUCACUGAAUUAAAUGAUUUCCAUCUCUGUUUUGGCCCUCUUUCCUUCUUCCCAGUUGAAUUCAAGAGUGUCGUUUCCUGCUCGUCCUACCCAACUCUUGGACACCCUACCUAUCCUUGUCAUCUCAUAAAAAGGAACAAGCACACUAAUAAUACUAUAUUGAGUAAUAACGCUACAAGGAUGCUAAUAGAUGCCAACUAUGAUAUCACCUGAGUCACCUAGCAACCUCUAGAUAAUUAAGAACUUAAUUGGGAAUUAAGAAAAUUAAAAUAAUGGAGAACGUUCCGGCGCCUUGUUUAAAGAUUCAGGGCACUUCCUGCAUUUAUUGCAGAAGUGGGGAUUCUCCAGAGCCUCAUCAAAUGCUGAAUGAGGUUUGAUCAAUCUUAAAAGAGAUUCAUCAGGUGGAGAUCUUUCCUACGUAAAGGGAAAAGUUUAAAAAUAAAUUAAUGACAUCUUGCACGACAGAAGAGCGACCAACAGAAUUGUGUGUUAUGCUACUCCAUAACAUGCACGUGACAUCUCUCUUACUCUGAGGUUGCACGUCUCAUCUCUCUGCCACUCCUUGUUCAGGUGUUUCUUGUGCAGGAACUCACGCAGAGAGACUGAGGGUGGGUUUUACUCCUCUCUCUCUCUCUCUCUCUCUCUCUCUCUCUCCCUCUCUCUCCCUCCCUCUCUCCCUCCCUCUCCCUCUCUCUCUCUCUCUCUCUGUUGCUUGUGUCAUGGUUUAUUUGGCAUACCGGUUUUUAUUUUGUAACUCAGGAUCAAGGUGCAGCUCUGUAUCCAUAGGGAGAGAUACCUGCAAAUCGAUGUAAACACAACAGGGAACCCUCUCAUAAGCCCGGUGCAGCCCAGAAGCACCGAAAAAAAGGCUUCGGUUUGCGAUGAACAAAAAACAGGAUGGGGAAAUUUUAAGCAUCCAGGGCUGCUGUGUGCAGGCCGACGUUGCAAAGAGGGGAAUUCUUGGGGUGGGGGGGUUAUUUUUUGAGUUUUGCAUCUAGACGAGGGGAAGCUUUUUAAACUAAGUCUACUAUACAGAGCUUAUAAUACUAUGCAUUUUUAGCGAUGACGGUUCACGCUGCCCAUUUGCACAACUGCCAUUAAAGGAGAUUCUAGAGGAGAUUUGAUUUGGGGGGGAGAAACCCUUUUUCUGGCAUUCCUCCCUCCCCACAAAUCAGCUGGCGUUACAACGUUGAGAAUUUCCAUCUCCGUUCUUGGAGAUGUGGAAAGUUCUCCUUUUAACCAGACCAGACAACACCACAGUCAGGGUAGGGGUGGGUUCUAAUUUUUUUUUGCUACCGGUUCUGUGGACGUGGCUUAUUUUGUGGGCGUGGCUUGGUGGGGGGGUUAAUGUGACGAUGGGUGUGGCCAACUUUUAUUUAUUUAUUUAUUUUUAAAAGCAUUUUUUCUACAACCUUAAGAGGUUGCAGAAAAAAAAUGCUUUUAAAAGCCUCUGACGAUCAGGCAACUCAGCUGGGAUCAUCAGAGGCUUUUAAAGGCAUUUUUUCCCCUACAAUCUCUUCAGCCAAAGAGGUUGUAGAAAAAAAUGCUUUUAAAAGCCUCUGAUGAUCCCAGCUGAGCCGCGUGAUCAGAGCCUUUUUUUUUUUUACUUUUAAAAGCAUUUUUUCGGCCGAAGAGGUUGUAGAAAAAAUGCUUUUAAAAGAAAAAAAAAAGCCUCUGAUGAGGACGGGGUAAGCGAGCAGCAACCGGGCCGGGGACUGGUUCAGGGGUGUGGCCAGCCAAUGUUAUUACCGGUUCUCCAAACUACUACAAUUUUUUACUACCGGUUCUUGCGAACCGGUGUGAACUAGGAGCAACCCAUCACUGAAUCAGGGAUGGGAUUCAGCCGGUUUGGAUUGGUUCGGGCAAACUGGAUGCAAAUUUUACAUCUGCUUCGCCGAACCGGUAGUUACAAGGACUGGCUGGACCCCCAUCCCUCCCCUCCCAGAAGUUUCCACGUGGCCCGAGGCUCUGGGAAGGUGAAAAAUGGGCCUCCCGGAAGUCCGGAAAUGGCCCUGUUUCCGGCCUUUGGAGCCCAGGGGAGGCCUUUUUCUCCCGCCUGGAGGCUCAAGGAAAGCCUCCGGAGCCUGGGGAGGGCGAAAACGCCCCACCCCCCGCUGUGGUGCAGGAGGCCAAGGAGGCCACGCCCCCAUGGCCACGCCCACCCAGCAACCGGGCAGAGAAUCGGUUGCUAACAUUUUUCAGUCCCACCCCUGACCACGAUGGGGGGGAAAAAAACUAAACUAAACAAGGACGUCAGCCUGAAGUUGCAUUCUUGGCCAUCUGAAGAUAAAGCAAGAGAACGUAGCUUGCUGAUUUUGCUCCCUGCUGAAGCUUCUAUCGAAGGAGAAUUUAUGGUCUAAAUUAAAUGGUGCCGCAGGAGGAAGUACGGGUACUUUGUUAGCACUGAGUUUGCGGCAAGGAAGCCCACUCUGCACAACGGCGUAAGGAAAGAAAAAAUGAUACAUGUCGGACUCUGCCUACGUUGAGCCUCAGCUGUGGGAGUUUUACUCUUCAGGUUGGAGAAACCAGACAGUAAGACCCAGUGAGUGGGUCUUCCAAGAUAAAAGCAUAAAUAAUUUGGAAGCUGCUGUCCUCCUCCUAAAAUUGGUCGUUGGUUUAAGGCAGAAACAAAUGGAUGCCCUUGGAUCACCUUGCAUUCAGGUUGAAAGUCGAGUUCAGAAUAUGUCCCAUUUUGCAUGGUGAGCAUUAAAAAAAGUGUGAACACAGUUCUAUUUUUCCACAAGCCAAGCCUGGGGUCAGAAAAUUCCACUCGACAAGUUAAUCCUGCCUUUAAUAGUCGCGUGAGCCAAGCAUGAUGGCCAGCUGUCCAGUUAGGCUUUAUGCCUUUUUGCAGCAUACAUUCCUAAAUCAGUUAAGCUCAAGAGUAAGUGAGAAGGAAGCAGCGAUGCUCAAUCCCGCUUCAACCCGCAGGCUACCUCUUCAACCAGAUUGUAUUCUCUGCCAAGGAGCUUUCUCGCGAACCGAAAUUGCUGUUGUGUGUGAAGUGAGCUUCCAACACCCAAUGCCGUUUCUGGAUGUCGAGGCAAAAAGGACGUCCUUGUUUCACCUUGGCGACUUUGAAAACCUGGGGGGGGACUUCAGCUCCCAGAAUUCCCCAUUGCUGGCUGGAGAAUUCUGGGGAGCUGAAGUCCGCAAGUCUUCAAAGUUGCGGAAGUUGGAUACCCCUGGCCGAAAGCCAGGUCCUAAGAAAGGGAAGAUGCGUUUGUGUGUGUGUACGUGUUUUGUGUUGAAUUAAGAUCUUUUCUACCGCAUCCUUUUCUCGAUGCAGGAUUCUUGUUUUCCUUUUUUUUAAGAACUUUUGGGGAAAAGAGGACCCGCUGUCUUAUCUGUUCCUUUUCUGCCAGUCUUCUCUGUUGCCAUCCUUGCUACGAGAAGUUGGCUGAGCAGAGUUGGGUUUUGAGUUGGGUUUGGUCCUAGCAAUACUUAAUUCUGGAAUUUAGGAGGAAAGAAACAUCAUCUCUUCCUCUGUAACUUAAAACAAACCAACUAUGCAGGAGAGAUAGCUGGACCUACAACUAGGGAUGGACUCUAUCCAUGUUCCUUUCUCCCUUGCAGGGAUAUUAAAAAUGGACUUUUGCGCUUUCGAACAGCUUUAAUUGGACGAUACGUGUGUUUCCUUUGAAUGUAGCUUUUUGUCUGACGAUUAAAACAUUUUUUGUUUGUGUGUGGAAUCUCUAUUUCCCUUUUUAAAAACGAUUGAUGUUAUUAUUAUUCCUACGGAAAGCACAGUGGUUUCUCAACCUUUGCCCCUUUGUGGGUGACCUAAAUGUAAUUUAUUGUCUUUGUUUCUGAUUUUAAAAUACAAACACUAAGCUUUAAGAUUCUAGCUCCCUUGGUGGGAAGAUAUGCUGUAAAAGAAAGAUAAAAAUAAACGAUACCAAAUCAAAGAGUGGUGGAAAUGUUUUUUUCUUUUCUUUUCUUUUCUUUCUCAGCCUCACCUGUUUUAUAAAAGAGCCUGAGU